GCACAUGCGACACACACACAGCAGGACACAGGAGCGGCACGAGCACAGAGAGGAGCGUUACAGCAGACUUGCCAUGGAUAAGCGGAGAGCGAGAACGGCCUUGUGCACCUAUUUCUUGGCGGUGGGCUCUUCCAGGGCGUACGCCUUUGCGCCCUCUGUUCUGCAUGGUACCUCCCCGGGCGGUCCAGGCGCUCGAGCCCACGAACCCCCCGGCAUGGGGAGUUCACUGUCCGGUUCCCGCGCUGUUCGCCGGGUAAGGGGCUACAUCCGCGGCCGAAACAAUGGGCUCAACGGCACCGGCGGCGGCGGCGGCAGCAGCGGAGUAGGCGGCAGCACCAACACGGGAAACACCAACAGCAUCACCCCGGACGCCGGCGGCCCGGACGGUGGCGGCAACACCGCCGCCUCCGCCGGCGGCGGCGGCAGCGGCGGUCCUGCUGUCGCCGGUCAGAGGGCCCCAGAGGUGGGGGCGGCGGGCGCGGCCGGCGUUGGGAUCGGAGGGGGCGCGCGAAGACCGUACCUGGCCGGGCGGAGUCGGCCCGCCAUGGCGCUCGGGCAGGCGAUGCAAGGGCGGCAGGACGGCGGGAUGGCGGCGGCGGCGGCUGGGGGGGGAACGGGAGCCGGGGAGGCGGCAGGGGGAACGAACGCUAUCUUGGCUACCGCUAACAGGACGGAGAGGGGGCAGCGGCUGCGGGCGGUGAACUGGGUCAAACAGGGAGCGGCUUUUAUGCCGCUCAUGGGUGCGGCCUGUGACGGCCGUGCUUCACUCUCCCGCCAGGUCCGAAACGAGCUCACGUCCGCGGAGUUUGCUCUCAACCUCAACGGAGCAACGAGAGGGAUGAGCACCGACGGCGGCGGCGGCGGCGGCGGGGGCGGGGGCGGAACCCCCCCGGGCAUCAACGGCCAGAGUGCCAGCCCCGGGGCCCCGUCGUUCUCCGCCGCUCCAGCAGGAGCAACAGCAACACCCGGCUCCAAGAGCGAGAUCGACUUCGAGACGAUCGCGGAGAGGUUGGAGGCUAGCCUCCGAGCGCUGCAGGCGGGCAGGCCGAUGUCCCUGCUCGAAGCCAUCUCCCCGGAUGAGCUCCGGGAAAUCACGGCUCGGUUGAAAGCGAACCUGACCAAGAUCAAAAAGAUCACGCAGGCAGAGGGGAGGAGCAGGGACGGGACGGGGGGGGACUCCGCAGGAACGAGAAGCGCGGGGGCGGCGGGGGCGGCGGGGGGGGAAGAAGGCAGCAGCUGGAGAGACGCGGGGGGUAUCCUCGGCGAGAUGACGGAAGGGAUGAACGUUAACCUCAAGGAUGUCAAAGUGCCGGAGUUCAAUCUUUUUGUGCGCGACGACGGGACCGUGGAUUGGGACGGGGCCAUCCAGUCCGGCCGGGAGGUGGCUCGCUUCGGACAGGAGUUGUGGGACAGAAUCAACGGCCAGAAUCCUGAUGAGCAAGGGGGGCUCGCGGCUGGGGGGUCUCACGGGGGGGGCCACAAAAACACCAAGGAGAUCCCCGAGGACUCAGCGGUGAUGCUGGAGCUGCGCGCUAUCGGUGAGGAGCUGGAGGGCAGGCAAGAGCAGCUGCAGCGGGAGCUGGACGCCCUCAAGGCGGAAGCCCGGGCACAGGAGGCCACUUGGAAGACGCUGGAAAGAAGAAAAGCUAUCCGCCGCAUUCGGUCUAAGCAAGAGCAGCUCGACAACGCCACGAAGCAGCUACAGCUGCACAACAUCGACGUUGACAUGGAGCGCAUCUGCUACAACAUCGAGCAGGAAAUCCGCGAGUCUACACCCUCGUCGCUGUCGGAGUACCGUCUUCUCGUAGCGGAGUUCGUCCUGCUGGAUGCGCAGCUGGCCAACCUGACCAAGCUCGUGGCGGAGCUGUCCGGGGGGGAGGAGUACGGCGUGGAUGGGCUGGUUAUCGACGAGGACGAGCUCGAGCUGGUGAGCCGGGAGGUUGUGGAUCUGAAGAACCGACUCGGGCUGGACCUUGAGAGCCCGGCGCUCGCCAUAGACCCGGAGAAGGUCUCACGAUACGCGAAGGAGACGUACGACAAGAUCAAAAGCGGGGUGGACUUCUACUGGACCGGUACGAAGAUCCUCGGUAACGACGUCGGGUACGCCCUCACACUCGUCUCCAAGGCCGUGCAGGGAUCCAUCCUGAAUCCCCGCGAGGUUCGAACGCUACGCCGGACUGCCAAGGAUUGCGUGACGUUCAUCCCGUUCGUCGUCAUCCUCAUUUUCCCUCUUACGCCCGUCGGUCACGUGUUGGUGUUCUCGUUCAUCCAGAGGUUCUUCCCCAACUUCUUCCCGUCCACCUACACGGACCGGAGACAGAACUUGCUCAAGAUGUACACCGAAGUCGAGAAAAAGGUGGACUUGGAAGAUGCGGACCGAGACGGCGGCGACGACAUCCUCGAGAACCUUCGGAGAAAUUUCAUCGCUACCCUCAACCAGGCGGGGGACCAGCAAGCGAAGAAAGAUCGAUGACACUCACACGGGCGAGAGACGUGCCCAAGACAGGGGGCGCUGGGCUGACCAUGAUGAUGAUGAUGACGGCCACGACGACGACGGGACUGAGGUCACCUCCCGACGCGAGAUUCUGCGCGUGUCACUGCAUGCUUCGAUGGCACGAUUUGUUUUUGUCGCAAGCUUGAAACACGUUUUUCGUUUGUUUUCUCCGGCAUGUGGUUUGUCCGGCCUUGGGUUCCUGGUGUUGUUUCUUUCUCGCUUUUUGUUGCCGGUGCAGGAUCCGGCAGCGCUGCUGCUGUAACGUGGCCACACACAACCUGAGCACCAUCGCCCACUCCUUUGUGCCGCGCGCCACCCCACCUUUGGGCCAAUUGCGAAGAAAAACGCCCCCUCGAGAGGCAAGUCGCAUGUAUGUACGCAUGUAUGCAUAUGAAUACCUACAUGAUGGACCGCGUGAGGUUUGGGUGGGCUAUUGUGCAAGGCGGGGGCACAGGGUGACCGUGAUCAACGCAGGGGUGUUUGCCGUCUUCACAACGACGAAUGGACGUACUUGUUGCCCGGCGGGCAUCUUGUCAGAUGUCUCAUGUUUAUGGGUGUUUUUUACACUGAAGAAGGCGGUGGAGGGAAGGGUGCAAGUAGAGGGGGGGGGGCGAGAUGCAACAGCGCCCUUUGCUGUACUACACGCGCCGAAGACAUCGUAAAACAGGCAAGGCGUGGAAGCUGGCAGACUUUUUUGUUUUGUCCUGCAGAUGUUUGUUGCGAGGAGUCGCUGCUCGGUACAAUCAUAUCGGGUUCGCGCAUAUGUUUUGCUGUGCUCGGUGCUUGCAUACCCGCAACCGCGCUUUAGGUGUUGGGAACCAUCCGGUCGUCAGCGCGCAACGCAAGCUUAUUUCUGCCUUUCGAGGGGACGGCACAGAGUGUAGGAAAUUGGUUGCAAGGAAGUCAGUUUUCCGUUGUAGGGUGGCGAGGACGGCAAACCGGGAAGGACUGACAACAGCUUACCUCGUGUGGUGGAGAGAGCGAAGAACCACUUUUUUUUUGUCUUCAGAAGGUGCAAGCGAGCACGUGCUCGCGAGACGGGGAAAAGGUGGUUUUUUGUUUUUUUUCUCCCAU